AUGCCAGAUUUUUUAGAAGAAUGUUUAACAAAUUUUCAAAGCACAUUAACGAGGACGCCCAUAUUCAGAACUGAAACGAAUAAUGCGCCAUCUUAUAACGAUUUAGGAAAACAAGCACGUGAAUUAUUCAAUUCUGGUUAUAAUUUCGGUUUGCUGUCGUUAAACAUAGUCACGAAAUCACCGAACAAUGUUAAAUUUACGACAACGUGCGUGGAAAGAUUGAACAGGAGAAAUUUAUUCGGGAGUUUAGAAGCGCAAUACGAAUUUUUCGAUUCGUUAACCCUGACGGAAAAAUGGAACACGGAUUGCGUCGUGACGACAGAAUUAUGCUGUAGGAACAAACCGUUUAAAUAUUUAAAAAUAUUAAUGUCGGGUUCUGUGUCGCCGAGAAGCGGUGAUAAAGUCGGAACGAUCGAAGCCGAAUGGGCGAAUAAAUUUUUAAAUUUAAAUUCUAAAUUGGAAUUGGGAAGAAAAUUUUCACUGUUUACGGCAUCGGGAGUUUUCAAAUUGACCGGGGUGUUUUUAGGCAUGCUGACGAAAUUCGAUGGCACGACGUCGAAAUUAAACGACAUUAAUUUUUCCGCCGGUUUCACGAGAGAUGAUUUUACCGUUCACGGAACUUUUAACAACGGCACGGAAUGCGGGGGAUCCAUUUUUCACAGAGUGUCACCGAGAGUCGAUGCCGGAGUUCAUUUUCUUUAUUCAAUAUUUAAAAAAUCCGAUAUACUUUUCGGAGUGGGUGGACGGUAUCAAAUGGAUGAUAAUAUUUGUCUGAGAGGGAAAAUAAAUAAUUUAAGUCAACUCGGACUCGGUUACGAGCAUAGGUUUAAAGAUUGCAUCACGUUAACGUUUUCCGUACUUUUCGAUAUAAGGGAUUUCGAAGAGGGAAAAUAUAAAUUGGGAUUAGCCGUACAAUUCGAACCUUGA